AUGUCUCAGACCCUUGGAUUGGUAAGUUUUGCGCUCUUGGCCAGCCAUCUUGUUGAAGCCGUCGUUGGCAGCCGCCUCCUAACCAAACUCGCACUUUGCCAGACUCGCCUCGCCUAUUCACGGGUAUGGCAUCAAAUAUCCGCCUCCAAACCUCACCAGACCCUCACAACCCAGCCAGACGUCACGCCGCCGUCUCUGGGACGGUUAGCAUCUCGAAUAGCCGUGCUUCUGAUGGGCAAGCACAAGCCGAUCUGGGACCCUUCGACAGACUGCGGAGACUAUGUCGUCGUGACGAAUUGCGCGGCGCUGCACACAACCGGCCGAAAGAUGUGGCGAAAGUCAUACUACAGACACACUACGCGACCCGGAAGUCUGAAGGAGCUCACGAUGGAUGCACUCAUGGAGAAGCAUGGAGGCGGCGAGGUUUUGCGAAAGGCCGUACGGGGCAUGCUGCCCAAAAACAGACUGCGGGACAAGCGGCUGGCGCGAUUGAAGGCCUUUGAGGGCGAUGCGCACCCGUACAAGGAUAAUUUGGUGCGGUUCGGUGGUGUUGUAGUUGGCAGCGAAGGUUGGCAGCAGGCAGUGGAGAAGAUUAGAGAGUCCGACAAGAAGCGGUUAUGA